UGCCAAAAGAAAAAAAAAAACCGUGUUUUUUGCAGCAUGGCGGCAACCGACUGCGUCUUACGCCGAACUCUGAGGCGGUCCAGAACCGCGCCAAAUCAGGUCCUGACAUGUCACAUAUCUUCAAUAAGAACGAAAACCAAGCCCUUCGUGUCUUCAUGUGACGUUUGCAUGUGUGCGUGCCCGCGCGUGUGUGUGUGCGUGUGCACGCGUGCGUGCGUGCGCGUGCGUGCGUGUGUGUCUUCUGAAAAGAAAAGAGAGAAGGAUGUGCAACUUUAACGUUAGUUUCGAAACAUUACACGAGGAUUAAUACUCAGCGGAUAUCGGUACCAUUUUGUGUUAUUUUUUUUUUUUAAAAGCAUAAAAGUACACAAAGCAUGUCGUUUAUUGUUGUUUGAAGCAACUACAGCAAAAAUGAGCUUAGCUAUAUGUUGCCAGUUUGACUAAACUGCAGAGAGUAGCUGGUGUUUAAGGCAAGGCGUUUAUUUUGAGAGGUGGUCUUUAUUUACACUAUUUCCGCUUUGUGUAUGACACUGACUGGUACAUUUUUCCUUAGCGGAAAGGGCCAUCUAGAUUAUUCUAAGUAUUAGAAGUCGAUUAUUUGGGGUACGGCGUUUAUUGGAGUGGAUCGGCGAGACCUAAACGAGGGAGGGGGCCGCAAUUUUUCGGCAGCGCUACCAGGGCCACAGAGGAAAAACAAUGUUGAGGGGGUGUUAAUCAAGGGGCCAGCGAGAUUAUGGGCGCGGGCCGCCAGUCGCCCACGCCUGGGCUAAGGACAAGCGCCGUGGAGGAUGGAUGGAUUAUGAUGACGGCGGUCCCAGGUGGUCUGCAGGGAGACGCUCUACGUGUUGGACGUGUUGCGCUACACCAGAGACCUGGGCUCCUCCAUCUACUUCCCGCACACCGUCUUCAGCGGCGACGACCUGUACGACGUCACACUGAGCGACCGCGACUGCCGCCUGCGCGUCACCCUGGAUCCCGGGCUCAACGUGCUGGUGGAGAGGCACGUCCUGCGGUUGGGCGCGGCCUUGCGGACCGCCACCCUGGCCCCCGCCAUGGUGGGCUUGGCGGACCGCACUGAGGACCAAAGCUUCAUCUUGGUCAACGUGGAGAUGAGCGUGGCCGCGGGCGACGACGAGAGCCGGGACUCGGAUUGGGACUCGCUGCCCUGGAGCGGCUCGCCCGAUGUGUCAGGUCCUCUGCUGGCCAGUCGAGCGUUCUUUCUGCCACUGUGGAAUAAAGUGGACUUCCACGGAGACGCCUGGAAGCAGACGCCGCCUCCCAUGAGCGAGCACGACGGGAAAGUUUACCACCCGUCCGUGACCAUCAAAGGCCUCCGCGAGGGAUUUAUAGGGCGCAAAGUUUGGGUCCGGGGCAGCAUCCUGCACCGGCUGAUCCUGCGCAUCACGGCGAAGUCAAAACUGACUUAUUAUGGGAAAGCAGAUAGGAACUCCAAGUGUCCUUAUCAGGUGGGUGAAGGCGUCGCCAUCGAGGAAAGCGGACGCGGCGUCUUACGCACGCACGCACGCUCGCAUGCGCUCGCUCGGCAGGGGCUGUUGGAGGCGUGCGACCGCACGGGAAGCGUGUCGGUGGUGAUGUGGAACGGCCUGUGUGUCAACUGGUUCUGCGUUCUCAAGCCCGGUGACGUCAUCAGCCUGAGCCACUUCCGGGUCAAGCGGCGCUACAUGUCCGAGGGCGACGACAUCGAGAUCAGCGCGAACAGCCAGAAUCUCGCCGCUCGCAUCUCUCUGCUCCCGGAGGCGUCGGUGGCGCCCGCCCGCCUGCCGCCGCCCGCGAGCGCCUACGACUUCUGCGGCAGUGAGCAACUUUCGGCUCGCGCUCACGGCGCCGUCUGCGACGUCAUCGGCUUGCUGGUCUUCGCGGGGCGCUCCGAGCGGCUGAGAAAGGGGUCAGAGCUCUUGGAGUAUCGCUGGCUGCGUUUGCAGGACGGGCGCUGCUCUCGUCCAAUCUGGAUCCAGCUUUUCGCCACCUCUCAGCCGCAGACUCACCGCAGGCUCCACCCAUGUGGUCCAGACGGCGGCGGGAGUCUUGUACCUGACCAACACGCCGCACACAAUGCUACAGCUCACAGGCGGGCACAGAGGUUACGGCCAGCUGCCGGCGGUGCAGCAGUUCCUCGACUGGCUGCGGCGGCAGGACGACAAGCGGAUGAAGCGCGCGGCUCUGAUUGGCGGGUACUUCGUCUACCCGCCCCCUCCCGUCUCCUUGGAAACGUACAUGAGAGACAGUCGAGGUCAGCGGACCGUCACCGGCGUGCUUGGAAAGGAAAUUCAGCGGCCUCUCACCGGGAGCCCGGUUUCCUCCGGGGGACUGUGCUUCUGCGGGAGAUGAAGAAACUUUGUUACAGGGAGCGACGCACCUUCUGUAUCGAGGCCACCGUUACCAUGGUUGCAUACUGUAGCCGAGGAGAGGAGGGGAGUUGCAUCUUUUGGCGAGACGCAUCUUCGUCUCUGUCCUCCUCCUCCUCCUCCUCCUCCCCCUCGCCCUCCUCCUCCUGCCGGGUUACGCCGUCGCCGACUGCCAGUCAGCGGACGGCCCGCCCGCUGACAUCCACCAGCAGCGGCAGGCCGUGUAAGAGGAAGCUGCUGCUGCACUCGGACACGCCGGCAAAAGGACGUCCUCGAGCGACCGUCCAACCCAAAGGCAGCAACGAGACAGGUGUGUCCGUGUGUACGUCCAACAUGACGUGGCGUGACGAUCUUCUUUUCGAGGCUUCCAUGGAGUUCCUCCAUAACACCGACGACGACGACGAAGAGGAGGAGGAGGAGGAAGAGGAUGAGCAGGGCGACACUUCUUAUUCCACCAGCAGCCCUUCCCCGCCGCAUUUCCCGCACGUCGCCGUGGAGACGCUGGCCAUGCGCUACAACCCCGCCUGUAAGAAAGAACAGGCGGUUGCCGUGACGAUGGGAGGAAGCCUCACCUGUGCCGCCGUCUUCGCCUCCGACAAUUACUACACGCUCAGGCUUAAGGCUUUGUCGGACGACACGUGCAUCCACGCCAUCUUCCUCCCCCAGUCGUCCUCUUCCUCCCUCUUGCCACGCCCCGGCUCCCACGGCAACACCUGGGCCUCCAUCUUGUCCCACGGAGCCUUCUCAUCUCACGCGCCCCCGCCGUCGCCAGGUGACCUCAUCGCCACGGCAAGGCAGCUGGCCAAUCGUAGGUUGGCGUGUUUGCUGGAUGUGUGUCAUCUGGGCGGAGACUCCAACGAGGUGGUCAUCAGACGAGCGUUCCCGAUGACCUGAGGACUCCCAAGUUUGUUUUGUCACGUUUUUGACAUUGAGCUGCGCGGUUGAAUUGCAGUUACGACGUCUACCUCACUGUCUGCAACGUUCGGCGUUGGAUUGUUUACAAAAUCGUUUUCGAUGUCUGUUUUGCACUUUUCAACAUGUUUACAAGCAGAAGCUGUUGCACACGUUUUCCUGUAGGAAUAUCUUUGUUGCACUUUAUUUGGUUUUCAUUAAAAAGUGUCGUCGCAA